GGGGGAUGCAGACUCUCCAGCUGUAGGUCUUCUGAGAACGCGAUGCCCCGGCGGGGGGUUCCACUCCAGGGUCGGUUCCGCUGGCUCUUCCUAGGCCUCUUCCUGCUGCUGGUGCUGCUGCUGUUCACGUACCUGCUGGAGUGCACCCCGCCCGCCGACGUCAGCCUCGUCCUGCCCGGCUUGGGGGCGGAGCCCUACGGGAAGGAGUACUACCAGGCUCUGCUGCAGGAGCACGAGGAGCGCCACCUGAGCCGGGCCUCCAGCCUCAAGAGGCAGAUCGCUCAGCUCAAGCUGGAGCUCCAGGAGAUGAGCGAGAAGCUGAAGCUGCUGCAGGACAGGAAGGAGCCCCCGGGGGUGCAGGGUCUGGGGGACAACAAGGACCAGGAGCCCGGAGACCUGCUGGACUACCUGCACUCCCAGAUCGACAAGGCCGAGGUGAACACGGGGGCCCGUCUGCCGAGCGAGUACGCCCUGGUGCCGUUCGAGAGCUUCACCGCCUCCAAGGUGUACCAGCUGGAGAUGGGGCUGACCCGGCACCCGGAGGAGAAACCGGUCCGUAAAGACCGCCGGGACGAGCUGGUGGAGGUCAUCGAGGCGGCGCUGGAUAUCAUCAACAACCCCGAUGAGGAGGACGGCGUGGAGGAGGACAUUCCCAUGCAGAGGACGUACACGGACAGCCAUUUUAUAGAAGGACUGUACCGGACGGAGAGAGACAAAGGGACGCUUUACGAGCUCUUCUUCACCAAGGAGGACUCCAGCAGCUUCCGUCACGUCACGCUCUUCAGGCCGUUCGGCCCGGUUCUGAAGGUCCGGAGCACGUCUGUGGAGACGUCGGGGAUGAUCGUGGACAUCAUCGUCCCGCUGGCAGGCAGAGUGGAAACCUUCCUGCAGUUCUUACACAACUUCAGGCAGGUGUGUGUCCAGCAGGACAGACGGGUCCAUCUCACCGUGGUUUAUUUUGGACAGGAAGGUCGGCAGGAAGUCGAGUCGUCUUUGGAGAAAAUGUCCAGGGAGGAGAACUUCUCCAACUACACCCUGAUCCCGGUGGACGAGGAGUUUUCUCGUGGACGAGGUUUGGACAUCGGAGCUCACGCGUGGGACAAAGGGGACGUCUUGAUGUUCUUCUGUGACGUGGACAUUCAUUUUACACCGGAGUUUCUGGACAUCUGCCGUCUCCACGCUGCUCCCAACAAGAAGGUUUUCUACCCGGUGGUGUUCAGUCUCUACAAUCCUGCCAUCGUUUAUGGAAGUUUGGAGCUCGCUCCACCAAUUGAACUCCAGCUGAUUCAUAAAAAAGAUGCUGGAUUCUGGAGAGACUUUGGAUUUGGAAUGACGUGUCAGUACCGCUCCGACUUCCUCAACAUCGGCGGCUUCGAUCUGGACGUGAAGGGGUGGGGCGUGGAGGACGUCCACCUGUACAGGAAGUACCUGCGGAGCGACCUGAUCGUGGUCCGGACCCCGGUGUCGAGCCUGUUCCACCUGUGGCACGAGAAGCGGUGCGCGGACGAGCUGACGCCGGAGCAGUACCGCAUGUGCAUCCAGUCCAAGGCCAUGAACGAGGCGUCCCACUCCCACCUGGGCAUGCUGGUGUUCCGCCAGGAGAUCGAGGCUCAUCUUCACAAGCAGGCCUUCAGGACUCCGAGCAAACCGGAGGACUGAGGGGGAACCCGGGCCCAGACUGAGUCCCCCAAGACACAUCUGGAUUCUACUGCACAGCUGCAGACACUUGAAUGUAACGAGCGGAGCAAUGUGAACCUGAAGGGCAGACGAGCUAAAGGAGGAAAACCAGCUAGCAUGCAGCGAUGAACUCUACAAACUUCGGCUUCUCUGUGAGCGCUCAGCAUCGUCAGACGGAGCCGGUGGGCUUUUCAGAACCGGGCCGGAGAGUAAAAGAAGUCCGACAUGUCUUCUUUAUCGAGGGCAGGAACAAUUAGAAGCUGCACUUUCUCUUCAACGGCCGUUAAAUCGCAGCUGCAACGGCUCUUUUGGGUCAGAACGUCUUUAGUUUGUUCUCGCGCGGGUUCUAAAGGGAACGUUAGCCUUUUCUGACGGAUCGCUUGUUUUUUUGAUGACUGAGGAUGAGUUUGGUAGAGAACGUUCUUUCAGAGGGCUGUACGAUGUUCUGACCCGACCCAGAGACGGUUCUGAUCAAACUCUGAAACAACGUUAGCCGUCGCCCUCGUCGGACCGGUUAUUAAUCACUCUCAACUACCACAAGUUCUGGCUCACCAUCAUUUCUGAGAGCUAGUUAUUCCGUCCAGUGGGUCAGGAGAUA